CAUAUCAGUAGGCGCCUGCUAGACAAUCUAGAAGUUGCGGUAUUUGGAGAAUAAUUUAAAAUAAGAUUAAAAAUUGGAAAAAAAAUUGGGAAAAUUUCGGAAAAAUCUUCAAAUGAAAAUCAGGUAGUGUUACUUCACCUGCAUAUUAUUGGACGCUAGCAGGAGACAAAGGAGAUCCAGUAAUUAUUAGAAAUCUAUUGAGAUAAUGAAAAAAAUUGAGGAUAAAUGGAGGAGGAAAGAAGGAAUGAUGACGAGGUAGUGAUUUUUUGUAUUUUGAUAUUGGAAACAAGAAUCUGAUUACAAAGUUAAACAACCACUGAGAGUUAUAAUGGUGUUGCGAUGUUUUUUACUUUUUCAAGUGGUAAAUUAUAGCGAUAACUCCAACGAUUCGAUAAGUCCAUUAAUUUAAAUGAAAUAUUUUCAUUUCCCAGCUUAACAACGCAACAAAAAAAAAAGCUAAAAUUUAGGAAACUAGAGAUUACCAUUGACUUGAAAAUCGAAAUGUUCAAUUUAUUCUGCUUCAGAUAGCGAAAAAUUACAACGAUAUCUUGUUCAAUUCGAUAUAGAUAAAAUAUUUCCAAUAGUAGUACGGAUUCCUGUUGAAAAAAAAAAAGAUAUCGUGUAUCCUGCCUAAAAUUUGAACGCUGUGAAUUUGAACGUUCUUUCUAUUCCUCUAACUUCAUCUCUUUUGAACAUUGAAACAUUGAUAAUAUUCCAAAUUUCCAAAUCGAUAUGAAGUAAGUUUCAAGUGAUCGCUCUCCAAUCAAUCAAUUGUAAGCUCCGUAUAUCACGUCAGUCUUGAAACCAAGUUCAAUUCCUACACUUCUGCUUCUUUUCUCUCGCAAUCAAAAUUUACAGGUUAAAAAUUUCAUUACACACUCCGCGGUCAUCCAUCCGAACAGCAUCUCGUUCGAAUUAAGUUUCUCGCGAAAUCGUCGACACUCCAGACAAAUUCUUUAUAAAAAAAAUAAUAGUUCAAUAAAUAAAUAAUACAAUAGAUAAAAAAAAAAAAAGAUAGCUAUGUCACGGAUUGCCGCAAACUUACCCGUCAGAGCAACGAAAUCGGCUGCUUCAAGUUUGUCUUCCGAUUGCAAUGCGGCGGAGACGCUUUACGACGCCCUGGUCGAAGGUCACGCGAUGCAUCGAAGAAAAUCGUCUGCGCUCUGGAAUUGCCCGCGGAAAGCGAUCAGGACCGUCGACUCCAUGAGCAGGAUCGAAGGAAAUUUAAUAAAACCGGAAUCGAAAUCCUUGAAAUCGGCGAUGGAGAACAAAAAAUACAAAAGAAAGAUGAAAAAUCGCGUCAAGCGCCACAUCAACCGCAUUUCGGAACUGGCCAAGCCCAAAAUACUCCCAAACAAUAAUAUUCGGGGGGCUCGAAACGAUCCGGGGAAAAAAAACUCCAACAAUAAGGCGAGCUUUCGGAAUUCAGAUGCCGUUGCGAAGAAAAAGUCCUGCGGUGUUUUGAAAACUAAGAAACAACUUCGGUUAUCUGGCGCCCCGAAGAUUGCGGAUAAUCCGCUAACAAUAAGGAAUGAAACGCGGAAUAUCGCGAGCGGCGAAACUUUGCCGUUGCAGUCAAAAGGAGCGUUCGUUAAAUCGUCGUACAAAAUUAGCGAGCGCACGAAAAGACUGGCGGAGCCGAGAACGCGAGAGGAGGCGGAAAUCCGACCGCCCGGAAAAAUCGCGGAGUCCGCCCUCUUCGCUACCGCUUCGAGGAGGCUCGUCGAACUCGCCAGGCCGAAGAGUAAACCGCGUGCGGCGGGUCUUCGGGCGGAAGAAGAAGAAGAAGAAGCCGACGACGACGACGACGGUGUGGAGAAAAGAAACGCCUUCGCCGUAAGCCGCGAAGCUCUGAGAGCGACUUGCAGUCGGAGGAUCGCCGAUUUGUCGAUCCCCAAGAGCCGGAGAAUCCGCUCGUCGAAAGAGGAAAAAAAUAACCGCGGCGUGAAAUCGGAGUGCCGGAACGACGAGCCGCCAUCUUGGAACAAACGGUGAUCGUUCAGACCCGGCUGACGAUCGGACUGCUCCGAAAAAAACUAUGGACGAUUCCGAUUACCAAUCGUUUCGCAACGGACGCGGAGGCCCUGCCGACCGGAGAUUAACGGCCGAUUGUUACGGUACGAGAUAAAAUUGCGCGGACUCAUGGCCCUCGAAAGCGAGUAUAAAACGGCGAAUUCGAGGCGGGAUUAUCUUAUUACGAGGAACGGGGAAAAACUCGCCGGCCGAGA